AUGGCCACUCUCCAGCCACUAAAUGAUGGCGAAAUACUCCAGAUCUCAGGUGCCACCCCGCCGCACGUCUCCGCUUGUGCACCUGACCACGAGCGGAGUACUCUCACUGAGAAACUAAAGCGAGAUUUUUCCACUAUCUUCUCGGCUGCAGACGAAAUCAUGAAGCGGAUCUUAUCAAACAAAAAGUCCACCGACGCUGAUGACAUGACUUCUCUUCUACAGGGUGUCUGUGACAUGUUUGAUGCAGCCAUGGAGCCCAAUGCAUCGGAAGCUACCAAAAUACGAAAGCUGAAAAGUUUAAGUCUAUUGGAACCACCCUGUGUCGUCAUUUCGGAGACAGGCCGCCAUCUGCUCGUAAGUCAAAGACAUCCAACAAGUGUGCGCGAAUCAUAUCCCCUCAUGUCGUGCAAAAUCCGGGUUUCCCAUAGUUUCUGA